CGGCUGUAGGUGGCAGCAGUGUGCAGUUAUCGCGAGAUCCCUUCGAAUUCCCGGAGCUUGUGUGUGUUCACCUCUCUUCUCCUCCUCGCUCCAUUGGGAAAGAAGAAAAUAAACCCGCUGCUGCUACAAGGAGGCUAGUUAUGGAACAGAACCUUUAAACACUAAUUUUUCUCCAUUAUGACUGGCUAAGAAGUGGUUUGUCCGCCUGCAGUGUUUUUUACCCGAGAGGAAAACAUUUUAGCAUUUGGACCUUCAAGCCCUCGGCGUUAUUAAAAGAAGGGAAAAAGUAAAGUUGAAGAAGCGAACCCGGACAGGAUUUCAAUAGCGUUGUAUCAGCUUGCUAGCCUCCACCGCUAACCGGGGGCUACGGAGCACUGGAUGAACUUCGCAUGGAGCGACUGGUGCGGAUGGGUUUGGAGUUUUCUGCCAGACUAUAAGCCUUUCUUUGGGUUUGGAGCUCACGGAACGCCGCUUUGCUGAAUGGACUCUGCCCGCCUGCAGUUCACGGGCAGCAGUUGCGCGAAUGCCGCUAUUGUGGUUUUCGCCAUCCCGCUAUUAAGCUUGAGAUCCACUGGGAAGCUAACAGGAUAUUAGCCUCCUUCUCCCCUCUUCUCUUUGUGAUUGCAGGCCAGGGACUGGAAAGCAUUCAUCACCGAGCUGGGUGCUGGGAACGCUGGCUUGAUGGCAGCUAAUUAUUUAUCCGGAAAGCAGCAACUGGAUACAGUUUAAGCGGCGAAAAGGAAACGUUCUGUUGCGGAUGCUGAAGUCCCGAAACUGCGUUUGUUACUUGAAAAUGCGUCGGAGCGCUGGAGCCUAUUCCAACUCGAGAUAAGGGGGUGUGGGACACACAGGAGGACAGCGGGAUUACAACUUCAAGGUCUUUGGGAAAUUAAGCUAACUCCAGUUCGUUGUUGUUUUUUUUCCAGUAAGUGUUAAAAUAUAAUGUCUACCGCGAAGGAAAAUACCUGUAGGAAAUUCCAAGCGAACUUUUUCAAUAAAAGUAAAUGUCAGAACUGCUUCAAACCGAGGGAGCUGCAUCUGCUGACCGACCAGGACCUGACCCAGGCCAAGCCUAUUUAUGCUGGAUGGCUGUGCUUGGCUCCUGAGGGAACGGACUUCGACAAUCCGAUGCAGAGAUCCCGGAAAUGGCAGCGGAGAUUCUUCGUGCUGUACGAACAUGGCUGCCUGCGCUUCGCCUUGGACGAGUCGCCCAGCACGCUGCCUCAGGGCACGGUGAACAUGAACCUCUGCACGGACGUCAUCGACGCAGAGCCCAAGACGGGCCAGAAGAACUCGCUGUGCAUCAUCACCCCUGAGCAGGAGUACUUCAUCAGAGGGGAGAAUAAAGAGAUCAUCAACGGGUGGAGUGAACAGCUGAUCGUCUACCCCCGAACUAACAAACAGAACCAGAAAAAGAAACGAAAAGUAGAGCCCACCACCUCCCAGGAGCCGGGUCCAGCCAAGGUAGCCGUGACCGGUUCAGGAAUCCCCGAAGCUGACAAGUCUCCCGACUCGAGCUCCAUCAUCUGGCAGGAAGAGCUGAACCAGCGGGAGGCCGAGAGCACAGCGGCCUGGGCCGGCGCCGACCAGCCGUUGGGCUCGCCGCUGCCCUCUGCAGGUGACUGUGUGCCUAUGGGCCAGGGCUCUGACGCCGGGUCGGUGAACGGUGACGAAGUGGACCGUAGCGGCCUGCCGCUGCACGGCUCGGCCCCCCAUCCCUCCGUUGGGCCCCUCUCUCCUACGGGCUCCUGCUCCAGCUUGCGAGGCGUCCCGCGUUGCCAGUCUCCGGCGCCCAGCGACCCUUUCCCCUCCGGCAGCUCCCUGCUCUCAAAUGGCUCCCACAUCAGUGGCUCGGUCAGCUCCCUGGACUCGGACGCCAGCGGCAGCACGGUCACCAGCACCGACAGCCACCCGGCGGGUCAAAGGGGCGGCCACCACGACGCGACGCGCUCCCGGCGGCUGGAAGCUGAGGCCAGAAAAGCAGAGAAGAGGAGCCGAUUCAGGAGCCCUGACAGGCAGGAGAGAGAGGCCGUCCUCAGUCCCGAGAGAAGUCGCUCCGGUGUUAUUGAGAAGCUGGAGGCCUUGGAGCUGGAGAAUCCCGAGAAAAUGGAGGUGGAGGAGACGGAGAGAAGUCGAAUGAGACAGGGCCGCAGCGAGCGCAGACGGCUCUUCAGAGAGGAGCUGAGGCAGGACAAUAACGAAGGCCUGGACUUUCCCUCCACCCUGCCCCCUCUGAGGAGAGCCAAGUCUUUGGAUCGAAGGACCACAGAGUCCGUCAUGACGCCGGAUUUGCUUAACUUCAAGAAAGGCUGGAUGGUGAAGCUGGACGAGCAAGGCCAGUGGAAGAAGUACUGGUUCGUCUUGACGGAUCACAGCCUGAGAUACUAUAAAGACUCGAUUGCAGAGGAGGCCUCUGACUUGGACGGUGAAAUUGACCUGUCCACCUGUUGCAAUGUAACUGAAUAUCAGGCUCAGCGCAACUACGGCUUUCAAAUCCACACCCAGGAAGGAGUUCACACUCUGUCGGCCAUGACGGCAGGCAUACGCAGGAACUGGAUCCAGGCAGUCAUGAAGAACGUGAGACCUUCCACCGCCCCGGAUGUGGCCAGCUCAACAGAAGAUCACGGCUCCUUCUUGGCGUUGGAGGGUCUCGUCAGGCCAGACGUAACUCAGGACUCGCCCUCCUCUGAGGCGUCCUCAGCGGAGAGAGAAUCCGCUCCGGGUGCCAUCAAAAGCCGAGCACGGGAGCGGAGACGAGAGGGCCGGUCGAAGACGUUCGACUGGGCAGAGUUCAGGCCCAUCGCGCAGGCUCUGGCUCAGCAGCGGGCGCAGGAGGCCGAGAGCCUCCAGGCUGACCCGGAUCGCAGCAUGCGGAGAGAGGAGAGGAGGAAGAGAUACGAGUGCGCCGCCGGCCCCGAGCACGCGUCCGCCACAGACGGAGGGAGGACAGACUGCGAGGGCGGGGACGGAGUCAUGCACUUGGACUCGGUCAGCGCCACGUGUUCGGAGAAGCAGCAGCGGGUGGAGGAGGUGAUCGAGGAGCACUGGCGACAGGUGGAGAAGACGCCCAUCCGGAAGGAGCGGAGGGUCCCGCUGCCCACCUCGGUGCAGUCAGGGGAGACCACAGAGCUGGAGCAACUACUGGACAGUUACAAGCAGGGGAUAGAGGAGCUGAAGGGCCAGUUGGAGAGCUGUCACCAGCAGCUACUUGACUCAAACAAGCACAAGCAGGAGCUGGAGCUCCAGCUGAGAAUCGCUCUGGAGCGAGAGCAGGACAUCCGCUCCGGUUACAUCUCCCCGCUGGAGCACCCUUUGGGUCUGGAGGCUGAUGUGACGCCCCAGACGAAGAGGCCCGAACCGGCCACCUGUGAGAGAGGUUUUGCCGCCAUGGAAGAGUCCCAUCAGAAGGUGAUCGAAGAGCUCCAGAGGAAACACCAGAGAGAGCUGGAGAACCUGAAGGAGGAGAAGGAGAGGCUGUUGGAUGAGGAAACGGCCGCAACAAUCGCUGCUAUCGAAGCAAUGAAAAACGCUCACCGGACGGAGCUGGAGAAGGAGCUGGAGAAGGCACGCAAGGCCAGCAACAACGCCGAGAAUGCUGACAUGGAGGAGAUCCGCAGACAGCACGAGGAGGAGCUGUGUUCCUUCCAGCGGGAGAUCGAGGUGUUGUCGGAGCAGUAUUCCCAGAAGUGCCUGGAGAACGCCCACCUGGCCCAGGCUCUGGAGGCCGAGAGGCAGGCCCUCCGGCAGUGUCAGAGGGAGAACCAGGAGCUCAAUGCACACAACCAGGAGCUGAACAACCGUCUGGCUGCAGAGAUCACCAAGAUGCGCUCCAUGACGUCUGAGGACGGAGCCGGGGAUCCAAACACCACGAUCCAGGGGAAGGAGCUGUAUGAGUUGGAGGUGAUGCUGCGGGUGAAGGAGUCCGAGGUCCAGUACCUGAAGCAGGAAAUCAACUCCCUCAAAGACGAACUCCAGGCCGCUCAAAGAGACAAGAAAUACACGACGGAUAAGUACAAGGACAUUUACACGGAGCUGAGCAUCGUGAAGGCCAAGGCGGAGCGGGACCUCGGAAGGCUUCGGGAGCAGCUGCAGCUGGCGCACGAGGCGCUCGGAGAGCCGUCUCUCGAGGAAUUGGAGCGAGGGGGAUACGAUAUCAUGAAGUCCAAAAGCAACCCCGACAUCCUGAAGAUGGCAGCGGCGGCGGCCAAGCGCUCGGAGCGAACCCUGAGGUCAAAGAGUCUGAAGGAAGGGCUGACUGCAGAGCAGAGACUCCACCUGUUUGAAAACAAAGACACGAAGGAGUUCUGACAAGCGACGCAUCACGUCUGCCUGCCGUGCCGCAUGUUUAGGAGCCCACUAUAUUUUUAGCUCUGCUAUGACUUAUUUAGAAACACUACACACUGGUCACUAAACACAGAUCAUUAUGUUAUUUAAGAAGACACGCUAUGAAGUUUGAAUUUCAUGUCUAGAGUUUGCAUUCCAUGCACUUCAGUUAACUGUGACGUUUUUGUAUUAUUUCCUCCCUCCCUCCGGCCCCUUCCUCCUGUGUCUUUAUUGUAAAUAAUGUUUUUAAAAAGAGCAUCUGCCAUGCAUACACUAAACUAUUGACUGUGUAAGCUACUGUUUUAACACUAUAGACUGUCGCUAGCCAAAGACAUUUAGCUGUAAUGUGGACCGGCUUAAAACAAAAGUGCAUAUGGAGAAGCAACACCUGUAUAACACAAGCAAUAGGAAAGAGUCCAGCGUUCAGCCUGUUGCGACUCCUCUGCACCUCCUCCACACACCUACGUGUCGUAAGCGAGCGUUGGAAUGGGAGCGCUCAUCCGUGUCGCCUGUCUCCCAAAUUCACAUCACACAAAUCGGAUGUUCCUGGAAAGCCGACGGUGUUCUUAUGGGCAGAUUCACUGACUAUAAUUUAAGUACGUACAUGAAAAGAUAUAGGUUUUUUGUUUUGUUUUGUUUUCUCUCUCAGCAGCCCUUGGUCCAGCUGUAUAGGAGAUUCUCCUGUUGGUUUAUGUUUGUAGUCCCUUUGUAUUUAUUUAAAUGGCUGGGAUUUUUCUUUUACAUUCCCAUUCCUCUGUACUCUAUUAUUGUAAAUAUAAAGCAAAUAUACACCAACUGACUACAGGUUUAUUAGCAAUAAAUAUUUUUGCACCCUU